AUGGCCGAUCCGGAUGACACCGCCUCCGCGCCCGUGAAUGAACCUCUCGAUCUUGCCUACGACAGUCACUGCAAUCUGGUGCUAGGGGACGUGGAAGAGACGGUCUACAUUGUUGAAGAGGAUGAUGAGGAAGAGGACACAGUAAGGACGGUGAAGAAGCAGUCUGAGAUGCUGUUUGUUCGAGGUGAUUCGGUAGUCCUGAUCUCGCCGCAACCGCCGUCGUGA